AUGAAACUUUGUUUUACAGCGUCAACGAAUGAAUAUAUUAUUCAAUUUGUUGAUCGUAUUCAAGGAAUUGAUUACAAUAUCCCAGUCAGAAUUAUAGAUUCUAGAACUUUUAGCAGACCAGUCAUUGAUGAGUCGAACAUUGGUAUAGAAGUAAACUAUUAUGAUUUGAAAUUAAUAAGUAGUGAUGGAAUGGAAAUUAGGAAUUUAUCUAAAUAUUCUAAGUUAUCAAUACAUGAAAAUAAUGAAUUGGCAAUUAAAUCAUCAAAUGAGUAUAUUGAAAAUAAAUUAAUAAUUGAUUGUAAUAUUAUAAGCCUUAACAAUGAUAACGACAACAGCAAUGUUAAUACUA